CCGGGGAAACUAGGAAGAACCAAGGUGGGAGACGAUAAUCUCUGCUGAAGUUGCACCAUGGAUCUUAUGCACAGUGCGGGGGUCCAGGCCACCAGCUACCUCCAAGAGAAUUUCAUGGACUUUCAGAACUGGUUUCUCUUCAUCUCCACAGCAGCUGACCUCAAAACAACUUUUUUUGUCUUCUUCCCUAUCUGGUUCCAACUGAAGGAAGCAGUGGGAAUCCGGCUCAUCUGGGUAGCUGUCAUCGGCGAUUGGUUCAACCUUGUUUUCAAGUGGAUCCUCUUUGGAGAGAGACCCUACUGGUGGGUACAUGAGACAGAUUUCUAUGGCAACGUAACACCCCCAGUAAUCCGGCAGUUUCCCAUUACCUGUGAGACUGGUCCAGGUAGCCCUUCUGGUCAUGCCAUGGGGUCUUCUGGGGUCUACUAUGUCAUGGUGACAGCCCUGCUAUCACAACUAUUGCCACAGAAGCGAAACACCCUGACUGCCAGGUUUCCUUUGCUUUACAGCAUCAGAAGGAUACAACCCCAAAGAGCCAGGUGUUUGCAUGGUCUUCUUUGGACAGGAUUCUGGGCAGUACAAGUCUGUGUCUGCUUAUCCCGAGUCUUCCUUGCUGCACACUUCCCACAUCAAGUGAUCUCAGGUGUUAUUUCAGGGAUGGUGGUGGCUCUGGCUUUUGAGCAUGUCCAUUCCAUCUACACCGCCAGUCUCAUGCGAUACGUGGGAACUAUUGGCUUCCUCUUUGGCUUUGCACUGGGCUUCUACCUGCUGCUCAAGGUGCUGGGUGUAGAUCUUCUGUGGACACUCGAGAAAGCCCACAAGUGGUGUGAACGGCCUGAGUGGGUCCAUAUUGACACGACCCCUUUUGCUAGUCUGCUGCGCAACCUGGGCAUUUUGUUUGGUCUGGGGCUCGGACUCAACUCCCCAAUGUAUGCAGAAAGUUGCAAAGGGAAGCAAAGCCAAGGACUGACUUUCCACCUCAGCUGCAUUGUUUCCUCAUUAUUAGUCCUGCACCUGUUUGAUUCCUUUGAACUACCCACUGACCAGGAGAUCCUCUUCUACAUCCUCUCAUUCUGCAAGUGCACUUGUGCCCACAUCUGUGCAGUGGCCCUGAUCCCCUAUGGGAUUUCCUGCCUCCUUCAGCAGACAGACAAGAAAGAUUUAUAAGGAACAAAUGUCCUGCAAUAGAACUACCUUGGACAUGGAUCUUCAGCUCUGAAGACUAAAGUUUUAUAAACUAAGAUAUGUUGCUGUCUCUUUUGUGGAUGAUCAAACAGAGCCUUGAUCCCUUCCAUAUACUGAUGAAUACAGCUGCCUCCAGAUAGAAACGGUUUGAUAUCCUGGCUGGAAGGACAGGGAGGAAAGAUGUAGGUAUUUUAGCCAGAGAUGAAAGCUGAGUGGCAUCUGGGAUGUGUCUUAGAAAAGCUUGAGGAAUUCAAACUGGGACAGAAGAUGGCUAAAGUACCUUGCUAGUUUGCAAGCAAGACAGAAUUAUUUACAAACUUUUAAUAGUGGCCUGGAAGAACCAUUUGCUGUAUUUGCCCUGUCUGCUCUCCUACCCCACCCCACCCCCACACAUUCUGGUUCCUUCUCCAUGUUUGUCUUACAUUCUUUUCCCUCUUUUCAUGUGAAUGUUUGUGCACAACAGCAUUUCAAAAAAAACCCCUUGCUUUUUGCCAUUUUCUUAUCACUUAUGGACCUGGUUAUCAUCCUACAUUUAACCAAUUUACUGCCCAUUCAGAUUUUGUAAUGGCAGCUUUGUCUCCCACUUGUAAUCAUGUGUUUGGCACAGCACAGACACAACCAUAAACCCUAAAUCAAAUUGAUGCAGGGUUAAGUUUGUGUACCAUUUUUUUAAUAUAACACCUGAAGGAUUCAGGCACUUUCCUAGGAUCACAUUUCUAUGCCUGCUUUUUAGGAAGUGAUUCAGUCGUAUCAGAGUACUUCUUGCACAAAGUCAUGUACUCAACAGUUUGUACACGAGCUGGUGAACUAUGCAAUUAACAAGUUGCUGUGUAUGAAGAAAGCUUAUGUGCCUCCCGCUUAUUACAUAUCAUGCUGUUUUGGACUAAACAAAACAUGGAUAAUUAGUUAUAAAGUUUCUGAUCCUAAGAUGUAACAAUAGGGAGUUAGGACCACCUUCCCAACUUGGUACUUUCCAGAUGUGUUGCGAAUAUAAAUUCCCAAAUGUCCAGCCAACAGGGGCCAUUCUGAGAAUUCUAAGCAUCAGUCCCCAUAUAUCCAGAGGAGGCCAAAUUAGGCAAGACUGAGAAAAGAAUUAUGUCUUUUAAGCUCUUUUCCAAACGGUUCACCAGAAGACAGUUUCGAGAAGACAACAUACACUGUUAGAAACAAACACAGUAGCAGAGUUUAAUUUGGAACUCAGUAACAGUAUGGGACACAUCAUGACACAUCUGACACAUGCAAUUUUUCUUCUCUGUACCAAAAAACUGCUUGGUUUAUGAUGAAGCUGCUCCCUGCAGAGAUAACAAAGUUUCCAGGCAUGCUUGUUU